AUGGCGGCUGGCUACUCUGAUCUCGAAGUAUACCGCGGCCCCCCCUCAACGGCGCCUAUAGAAGUUCAAGAGGAAAAGAUUGUCACCCAAGUCACCACCGACUCCGGGAACCGAAAUUCUCGACUUGUCGCCGAUUCGAAGCCGCCUUCACGGCGAGCUGUCUGCAAUCUCUGCGGCGUGUCGUUUACGCGCACCAGAGUCAUCAUACUGGUCAUCGUCCUGCUCGUUAUAGUUGGUGGCAUAGUCGCUGGCGUAGUGGCCGGCGUCGUUGUUUCCAGGAACUCACACACACGAGAGUCUUCAUCUCCUGGUAAUGACGUGUCCUCCAGCUCGCCAGGCAUAUCCUCCAGCUCCUCGAACCAGUCCUCAAGUACGAGCUCAACAACUCCCACACCAAGCACCCAAGAAUCGGUGACACUCGUUACUUCGACCGAGAGCGUUAGCCCGACGCAGACCCUGUACCGCGACUGCCCAUCAUCCAACAAUACCAUCUACAACGCAGUCGGCUCCAGCUCCUAUCAGUUCCGCAAGAUCUGCGGGCGGAGCUUUAAGCAACCUCCCGUCAAUGUCGUCAACCAGGCCGUGGCGAGCCUCAACGACUGCAUCGAUUUAUGCGCCGCGUACAAUGUCAACAACAAGACAGAGAUUGCCGCGGGCAAAAGCAGCCCUUGCAACUCCGUCUGCUGGCGAAACAGCGCCACCGAUCCGGACUUCCCGGGACAGUGCUUUGGCAGCACAAUCUUUAAUUCUACGGCAGGGUUUCAGACGAGGGACGAGGUGAUAUGCGAUUCCGGGGCAUGGAUAAAUCAAAACAUAUAA